UUUACUAUAAAAAUCAUGGAUCAUUCACCUAGUUCAGAAUUAUUUGGUUUGGUAAAAUCCAGCUUUAUUGCAGGAGUUUACAGUGAUGAUGUACAAGUAAUCUAUCCUGCUAAACUUCCAUCUGAGUCUAUAUCUGUUGCACCAGUAUUCAUUGCUUCUUCUAUUACUAACCCCGUAGAAACUGCUGGUUCUAGUUUUACAUCAAUUAACAUUAUCCUUCCAAACAAAAUCUCUGCAGAGCCAAUCAAAUCCACGGAAGUCAAAGAAGCUUUGCCUUUGAUAAAGACAACGCGAUCAAAUCCUGUUUUCCUCUCCCAACUUCCAACAUUUCGUUUCUCAGAUUCCAUUUUGGAUUCAUCUGAAGAUUAUUCAGAGUUUUCAGAAGCUUUGUCUGUAGAGUCUACAGCAUCUACGAGCAGAUUAACAUCCUCUUCAUCCUCCGUUUCCGCAACCUCAUCCUUCUCCUCAUCCUCCACAACAGUCUUAUCUUCAAUCUCAUUAACUUCUUCUAAACCUUCCCAAUCAUCUUCCGUAAUUACAUCACCUUCUUCGGUAGUAUCUUCCACUUCAUCCUUCGUCUCCUUUAUUACCCCAUCCUCCUCAUCCUCAUCCUCAACCUCCUCCUCAACCUCAUCCUCAUCCUCAUCCUCUAAUCUUCCGUCCUCCCUCUCCUCCAGACCUUCUUCCUUAAACCCUCCUUCCACCUCCUUACUAACACUAACAACAGCUGCUGUUUCACUCUCUUCUGGAACUCCGGACGCCAUUAAUGUAGCUGAUGAUCAGCUGACUAAUGAACAGCUGACUACACAAACUGUUUUCGGUUUCGGAGAUUACAUCACAACCAUUGGAAAUACGGUCAUGCUUUUCACACCACAAGGAGAUCCAGCUAAUUCUGCAUCCAACCAAGAAGAUGACUUACCGUCUUCUAUCAUUGAGACGACUGGAUUAUUAGAACAGGGAGAGAAGGAGAUUAAACCCUCAUCUGUUCUCCAAAAGGAAGAGACAUUCGAGGAUGAAAUCGAAGAGAUAUUGGAGGAGGAGGAGGAGGAAGAAGAAGAAGGUGAACAAUCCACAACUGCUUUAAGAUUCAAUGGAUCAGACAGAAAGAAAGUCAAUGCGUCAUUGAAGGACCGACUCAAGGCGAGAUAUGAGAAAGCAAGAAAGGAGGAGGAAGCUAGGAAAAGUUCUGGACGCCAGUUGACCACAAAAACUUCCAAAACUUCCAAGUUUGCAGAGAAGAGAGGAACUUCUGAACCAUACUUUAUCUAUGGAGAGAACGAUGAUACUGAAGCACCCAGACCAAGGACUUUCAGAAGCCGAAUCAGCAGACAGCGAUCUACCUCCAGAAAGGAAGAUGUGGAGGUGGACGAUGCUGUAGAGGUUGAAGAUGUUGAGGAUGAUGUGGCUAGUAGAGAAGGUCGUCAAGAAUUUGGACAACGAAGAUCAAGUAGACCUGAUCGGAGACAGUCCUUCUCCAGCAGGAAAGUUAGUUCCACUAGAGAACGAGGGUUUGAACCAAAACGUUCAGAUUCUAGAUCCUCGAAACCUUCAUUCAGCAGAGAUAGAGGGAGCAAUACCAGGAUUGAAAGCAUUCCAUUAGAAGAAUCUACUCCUGUUCAACCUAAGAAAUCUUCUCCAACCUCGUCCUUUAAUCCCUCCGUGAAGAAGCCUAAAAUAGAAUUUAAAAAGUUUGACAGAUUUGACCGGCCUGAUAUUCGGAAGAACCUCUUCAAUAAGUUUCUAAACAAAAGAAAACCAGUUGUAGAUAAAGAAGAAGAAGAAGAAGAAGAAGAAGAUGAAACUACUCCGAUAGAACCAGAAUCUGAUGGUGAUCAUGAGUCUAGUCCCUCUGCUCUUGUGCCCAGUAUUAUCACUGAUGAGGAUAUACUGCAAAAUAUUGACAAUGAUGAAAUUCGACUAGAACGAUUGCAAACAACCCUACUUGUUUCAACAGUUUUUCCUCUUCAGGAUGAUGAUGAGAAUAGCGUAGUUGAGGUUGCAACUAUCCGUUCUCCUUACACCUUCCAGCUGGAGAACCAGGAGAAGAGUACCCGCUUUAUCACCGUUACAAGAACCUUCUCUAAACCUGUAGAAACCAGUCAACCAUUUACAUCAAUCAAACCAACCCGUACCCAAUCAGUUGGAUCUUCCUCUACACCUCUGUUUGACACGAAAUCUAUUCCGGCUCCAGAGAAUAUUCUGGCUACAUCAGACUACAAGGAGAUUAUUCAAGGAUCCCAUGUAACGGAAACCCUGCCUCCCAUUACUCUUCCUUCCUCCCUUUAUGGAACACAACCUUCUUUUAAGACUGUGACUGAGACAUUCAGCACUGAUGAACUGAUGAUCAAGAAAAGCAUCCUUCCUAUUAUUAUCGGCUCUGAAACUUCUCUGUAUACCUUGUCUCAAACUUAUGAAGUAACAAAGCAUGUAACCGCUGUAAAAACUAUUCCACCCUUGGAACUCUAUGAGUUUAGUCCAUCAAAAUCUUUCGCAGAUAUUGAUGCUUUAUUCCAAGAAGCAGGUUCAGAGAAUAGGGAGCAUUUACUUCCUGGGGAGUUGGAAUUCAGUGAUCAGGAUAAUUUUGGGCUCGAGGGACCGGCCCAUAUUCGUGUGACCCCGCCCCCUGGUUUCUUGGAUGACCUUGACCUUAUCGGGGACAAAUUGGACUUUGUGGAUCAUAUGGAGAAACAGCACAACCCAGAGAUUUUCCAACUGAAAAACCCAGCCAACCAGAUUGCUCCCAGUAGAACAAUUGCAACACCUGCUCUUCAGCAACUCCCAUCCAACCCUGGUUUUAACAUAUCACCAGAGCAGCUUCUUUAUCUUCAGCUGCUUCAAAACCCCCUUGCUGCUCUCCUAGGUGGUGGAGCAGCAGCAAUUCAGCCUCAGGUUGUUACUGAAAGUACACCUGUACUAAGAACUGAAACUGUUUAUGAAACGAACACUAUCAAACUAUUCCAGGGAGCUAAGGAGUUUACAACCCUUGUAACUAACGUGGUUGGAUUGACAACUAUUACAGACUAUGAUUAUUCCACCAGCACAGUUGCUCCAGGAUUAGGAUUUGGAGGAAUUAGUGGUCUUGGGAACCUGGGAGGUCUAUCAGGACUCAACGGUCUGCAGGGAGGUCUGAACCUCAAUAAUGGAGACUCUCCUAAUAAUGGAGGAUUUCUCCAACCCUCAUUUACAGUUGUCUCCAGCCCUGUGAUACGUAACACAGUGGAGACACAAACCUUUACUCAGGAACUCAAGAUUACGUUCAGGAAUAUUCCGACCCUGACAACGAUUACCAGCACUUCCGUUGUAUCAACUCAGGUUACCUCAUAUGUGACGCGAACGCAGCGAGUGUCCCCAACUGCAAAUCCAUUCGCGGGUUUUCUUGGUUAAUCAGCUGAUGACCCGCCAUUUUGAAAAUUUGAUUUUUAAUUUUUAUUCUAAAUAUUGGUUUAAAUAUUUAUUUGUAGAAAAAUAUGCUCUUGCUGGUCAAAUUUUCUACGGAAAAAAUCUUUUCUGUUCUAGUCAAACAAAAAACAUUAUGUAGACUAAUGGCUAGUCAAUUUUUGCCAAUAUGGUAGAUUACAAACGUGAUAAAAGGUGAAAAAUCAAUCGGCCUGCAAAAACAACUCUAAACCCACAAAUAAAACCAUUAAAUGUGAGUCGAGGUAGAAAAUAUUAUUAAGUGAUGUAAGAACAUAUUUGUAAUUUUUAAUUGAAUUCUUUAAACAAAUUCAAUACGCGCCUGAGAAUGAAUCAAUACAUAUAUAUUUGUAAAUAUUUAUCUGGAAUGUUCUAGGGAGGCAGAACUAUUGUAUAGUUAUCGCUAUUACAUCCCAAUUACUAGCUUUAAUUUUUAAUUUAACUGAAUAUGCCACGCCUCUUUUAUUGUACCGCCCCCCGGCCACGUAAAAUCCCCUUUAUUUGCUUGUCUUAAAAGAUUUUUUUUGAUUUUUUUACACCUUUCUGUACAAAAAAUAAAGUCCCAUGUAACAUGCAUUACGAAGUAAUUAAUUUUGUUAUUUUUGUUGUAACUCCGGAGUUUAAUACAGUGGAACGCAUAAAAUUAUGGAAUAGGAAGACGACUGUGAGACUCACAUUGAAUCUAAAUAUAGUAUAAUUAAAAAAAAAAAAUACAUCAAUUGUACACUGUUCAAUGUACACAUAACAAUUUUUCUUUUAAAAAAGUAAAACGGCUUGCUUUUUUAACAACAUAAUAUUUCUUAAAUUUCGUCUUCCUGUUUCACAUUUUAAUAGGUCCUCCUGUAAUUGUACCUGGAAAUAAGAUUUAAUUUGUUUAUUUUUUGUAAACAUGUUUGAUCAGAACGAUAUUAGCCGUAUGUAAAAAAUAAUAUUAAAAUAAAUAUAUAAACAGUU